AUGGCAGCAUUGUCAUUUCUGGUCAGCCCCUUUGCUUCUGUGGCUCCUGUCAUCUUUCUAGUGGCUGCCUGCAUCUAUCUGUGGCAGCUUCAAUGGAAUCUGAGACGAGACAGGGAUUGGAAGCUCCCUCUGCCCCCAGGAUCUAUGGGACUUCCAUUUGUUGGUGAAACCUUCCACUGGUUCCUACAGGGCUCCAAGUUCCACGCCUCCAGAAGGAAGCGAUAUGGAAACGUGUUCAAGACGCACUUGCUCGGACGACCGGUGGUGCGUGUGACAGGCGCCGAAUAUCUACGCCCUCUGCUGAUGGAAGAGCAUAGUUUGGUUGGUGUCAGCUGGCCUCGCAGUGCCCAAGACAUGCUGGGGCCCAGCAGCUUGGCAAACUCCAUCGGAGAAAUCCACAUCCACCGACGCAAGGUCUAUGCAAGAAUUUUCAGCCACUCUGCAUUAGAGAGUUACUUGCCACAGAUUAGGAAGCUGGUGGGUGAGACAGUAAGCGACUGGUGUACCAGGCAUCAGGCAGUCACGGUGCACCCAGAAACCAAACAGCUCACAUUCCGAAUAGCUGUGGCAGUUCUACUCGGAUCCUUGCCGGCCAAGGAGGAACUAACCGAUCUCUUCAGCACUUUUGAGCAACUCACCAGGAAUAUUUUCUCACUGCCCUUUGACAUUGCAGGCAGUGGCUACAGAAAGGGUAUUCAAGCUCGGGACAAGCUCCAUCUAUACUUUGAAAAGGCCAUAGAGAAUAUACGCGAGUCCAGUGCCUGUGAGGAAAAUUCCAGUGCCCUGAGCAUUUUGAUAAAGAGCAGCAAAGACCACAGGAUGAAGAUGAGCACACAGGAAUUGAAGGAAGCAGCGGUGGAGCUGAUGUUUGCUGCCUACGCCACCACAGCCAGUGCCUGCACCUCUCUCGUCCUCCAGCUGCUGAAGAACCCAGCUGUCUUUGCCAAGCUGAAAGGAGAUCUCCAGAUCAGGGGAAUCACUGGCAGGGAGGACACUUUACAUCAUGCUGCUAUCGCCCACCUGCACUACCUGGACUGCGUGGUGAAAGAGGUGCUGAGGGUGCUCCCACCUGUGUCGGGGGGAUAUCGAGUGGCCCAGCGGACUUUCGAGCUGGCUGGUUUCCAGAUUCCCAAAGGAUGGAGUGUAUUGUACAGCAUUCAGGACACACAUUACACUGCUCCCAUAUUCCAGGAUCCUGAAAUGUUCAAUCCAGAUAGAUUUGCCAAAAAUCAAAUGGAAGGCAAGAACAUCCGCUUCCAUUAUCUGCCUUUUGGUGGAGGUGUUAGACGCUGCCUUGGCAAAGAGCUUGCAAAACUAAUCCUGAAAGUGUUCGCUAUUGAGUUGACUAAUGUUAGUCACUGGGAGCUAGCCACCAAGACAUUCCCCAAGAUGCUGUUGGUACCAAUUAUGCACCCAGCUGAUGGAUUAAAAGUGUGGUUCUCCUCGCAGCUUUCCAACGGGAGCUAGGUUUCUGGAGGAAACACUUGCAAUGUGAUUGAAUGUUUAAGAACUCAUUAUCGUGCUGGUGGUUUGAUUUGCUUUCAAUUCCAGGUUACAGGGCAUAACAUUAAAGGGAACCCAAAAUCCACUUCUGAAGUAUGGCACACUCAGAUGUAGAGGCUUCUACGGGGUCAACCAAAGGUGCUUUUUUUUAAGUGAUUGCAAGACCCUGCUGGACAUUAAGAACUGCAGGUCUACUCUAUCAUCAAGUUGCACAUUGGCAGAGAAAUUGAAGGAAUUGGACUUGGUGGGGAUCGCGCUGCUGCCUGCACCAGAGUCAUUGAGAGCUGCAAAGGCGAGUUAUUGUCUUAGUUGCUUUUCUUGUGAUCGCUAGAAGCUGUUGGACAAUGGUGAAGAGGAAUGCUGCAAAUCCAAUCCACUGUAUUAUUGGCAAAUGGCAGGGGAGCCGCGUGGCCUUGGUUGUAGGAAGAACCAGGACUCAGGCUACAGUGUCAUUUGUUUGCAGCUGCCUGGGGGAAAGCAUUGGAGCCAGGCAUUCCACCGGAGUGCCAGAGGCAGUGUGGCAUGCCAUCUGUGCUGGAGUCAGUAUUCUUUCCCUCCUCUCCCUAGUGUUCGCUCAGCACGACACGUUGUGUUCCACUGCAGACUGUUGCAACAUUUAUGGACUCAGGGACUUGGACUUUUGUUGUGUGUGACUGUAUUUUACUGCUAUCAUAUAUGCGCCUUCUGCUGUGUAUGACUGUUGGUACUGUGUUUUGCACCUUGGCCCCAGAGUAACACUUUUAUUUGGCUGUAUUCGUGUAUGGUUGAAUGACAAUUGAACUUGAAUUCAUGGCGUACUGUUCAAGUAAAACCAUUAACAUCCCUAUAAGAACCUUAAACACUAUUCUGCGAUGCAAGGGGGCGUUCAGACCCAGAGUCCAUGUUAAAUAGAUACAGGUAAAAAGGGUAGAAUUUUGACUGCACUUAGCCUAACUUUAAAAGCUCCUUCUGAAGAUUGUAUAGUGUGAUUUUUCAGACUUUUCUGAUCAAUAACUUGUAUGCAUUUAAAUUGCUUAAUUAGUGCAUACAGAGCAAACCCUCCUGCUGUGGACCGUGAUACAGGGUUGAGCUAUUUCAAAUUGAUUCCACAUCAGCAUCUAGAAGACAAUAGAUUUAGGAAGUAUCCAUACAAUUAGUCUGGUGGUACCCAAAACUAUCCAAGCCAGUGGUCCCCAACCACCGGGCCACAAGAAAACGAUAUGAUUGGCGAUAUGAAACAAUAUGAGUCAGCUGCACCUUUCCUCAUUCCCUGUCACACCCACUGUUGAACUUGAAUGCAUGCGAGGUCAUUACCCAUGAGGUCCAUGUCAGCGCAGGAAGAUCAACUCCUCAAGCCUGCAAAUGACGGUGGGCUGAAAAGUAUGUUUGACAUAACAUCUCUGCCGACUUUCUGGACCAAAGUCAAGGCUGAAUAUCCUGAGACAGCCACGAAAGCACCGAAAACAUUUUCCAACAUCAUAUCUCUGCAAAGCGGGGUUUUCUGCAAUGAAUGCAACGAAAACUAAAUUGCAGAAUAGACUGGACGUAUAAGGAACCCCCUUUGAGUAUCGCUGUCCCCCAUCACCCCUCAAUGGGACCAUCUUGUUGCAGGGAAACAAGCCCAGGGCUCACACUGAUUCACCAAUAUUGGUUUGUUGCAAUGAUUUUAUAUGUUCAUACAAGGAAACUACACACUGUGUGUUUAAUAGCCAAACUUUACUUAAAAUGUUAUGGUGCUAUUGCCUUAUAAGUGUCUUAUAACCGACUUAUCACUUUUUUCAUGCGAGGAAAAUAUGCGCUGUGUUUAAUAUUAAAUUCGUUAGAUAAACCCUUUUAGAAGCAAAAUUGAGUGUAUUAGCCACUUAUAAGUGACUUAUAGUUGAGUUAUCACCUAUAUACUGGUCGUGAUUAACUCCACUCCCCCACCCCUCCCCGUUGGCCAGUCUGCAAGAACAUAGUCAAUAUUAAACCGUUCCGCAAUGAAAAAAAUGUUGGUGACCCCCUGAUCUAAGCCAAUUUUAUAAUCAUUUUGAAGAGAUGGUUAAUGCCCUCCCUACAAGCAUUUUAUUACAGCACCAUGUUUUAAUCAAUUCAAAUGAAUUGAGUUGUACCAAAGUUAAGAGUUAUUAAAACUUUGCUUCAAAUCACAUACCAAACUUUGACA